AUGAGCCAAGACCGGCAUGCGCAUCUGCCACGGCGCAUCGCCAACGCGCACCACGCGUCGAGUCCCGUUUCGUUUCUGAAUCCGACGACUCGUUACGUCAAGGUCCCAGCAAAGAAGCCGUCCAAGACGCCGGCCGGCGCCGAUGUCGACAUCCCAGGUGACAACAUUGCCCAGGAGCAGCAAGAACAACAGCAGCAACAACAACAACAACAACAACAACCACCGUCCACGGUGUCCCCGCAAGCCACACAGCAUCAAAGCCAUGUUUAUGGCGCGUACCAGGUCUGGCGCAGCCGUGACAACCGCAAGGGUCGCCAUGCCAUUGUGCUCACCAACGAUUUUUUCCGCCAUCGGCACCUCAGCCUCCAUGGAGGUCAGUCUCCUGAAGGAGGGAAGGGCGAGACGCAGGGCACGAUGGGAUCCGGCGCUGUCCCGCGCAGCACCAACUCAUGGCGCGGCAUCGCCCAUAUCUUGUGGAAGAUGCUCGUUCGCUACCCGGUCUGGGACGUGUCGUACGACGUGGCCAUCAUUUUCACGAUCGGGUCAGUUGUGUGGGUGAUCAACUCGUUCUUCGUGUGGCUGCCGCUGGCGGCCCCCUGGACCGAAUUUGCGGGCGAGGAGACCAUGGGCGGUGGAAUAACGGCCGUGAUCGGCGCAAGCAUCUUUGAAGUGGGUGCUGUGCUGGGCCUCCUCGAGGCCGUCAACGAGAACCGCGCCGACUGCUUUGGGUGGGCGCUCGAGGAGGCCCUGGAGAGCGGCUUCCUGUCGCUGCAGCCGAGCCCGGACGACUGCAAGCACGCGCACGUCGAGCGGACGCGACUCUUUUCCCGGCGGCGCAAUGGACGCCAUCGCGGAAAGGACAAGGACGUUGGUCAGGGUGGCGCGAAAGACGGUAUCCCGGAAAGCAGCGUGGGUGGGAAAACAAUCACAGAUGUCCCCGACAGCGACCUGGACAAUGCCAAUACGAGCUCAGACACCGGCAGCGACGACUCCCGCAUUCACCCCCAGCGGCGUCGGUGGACCUGGUGGCCGUCGUGGACCGAGCUGCGCACCGUGUACGCCCGCGAAAUGGGCUUCUGGGCCUGUCUCAUUCAGCUCUUUGGAGCCACCGUGUUCUGGAUCUCUGGGUUCACGGGUCUGCCGCCGGUUGCCGACCGCCUGUCGACGGCCGGCACCAAUGGCGCCUUCUGGGCGCCGCAAGUCAUUGGCGGCACGGGCUUCAUCGUGUCGAGCUGGCUCUUUAUGCUGGAGACACAGAGAAAGUGGUACCUGCCGGCACCGCAUCUGCUGGGCUGGCACAUUGGCUUGUGGAACAUGAUUGGCGCCAUUGGCUUCACGCUCUGCGGUGCGCUGGGCUUUGGCGCGGCGACGAGCGCGGCUGUGACGUACGCGUCGACUCUGUCGACGUUUAUCGGCUCAUGGGCUUUCUUAAUCGGCAGCAUUAUCCAGUGGUACGAGAGUCUCGACAAGCAUCCGAUCCAGAUUCAGGACUCGUUGCCCAGCCAUGUGCCACCAUAA